CUUUGAUUGUUUCUUUAGCUUUAUAUGCCGACAGAAAACUCAGGCCAUAAAAGGGCUACUCUCGUUGAGACAAUGCGCCAUUUCCCUUUUUCUUUCUUUGCUUUUCCUUCACUUUCUCCUUGUGCUUCUUCUUCGUUUCAAACAUUAAUUUCCCUUUCUUGGCCAUGGAUUUUUUCCGGAAUGUGAGAGUUUCCGGUGAGUAUCAUCACCAGCAAGAGCAUGUCCUUGCUUCCCCUCCACCUUGCUCUAAGCUUACUGCUGCCGCCGCUAGUAAUAGUCCUCUUGAUGACCUCUUCGCUGCUCAAAACACGGAAGUUGAUUUUAGCAUGGAAUGGCUGUCAGUAUUUGUAGAAGACUGCUUAUCCAGCACAGGAAACUGCCUCCCAGCACCAAAAAGUGAUGCUCAAAAGACAAACACAGAAGAAAACCCCCCAAAACCCUUGCAACAGAAACCCCAAGACCAAGAAAACCCAUCUUCCUUGAAGAAACUUGCAAUCCCAGGAAAGGCAAGAAGCAAGAGAAGAAGGACUACUGGUGACAGAAGCAGAAACCCAAUAACUAGCUGGUGUUAUACCAACCAAACCUUUAAUUUGGCAUGCCCAGACCCUCCUUUGCUCCAGCAAACACAUUGGUUAGCUGAUAGUGAACUCAUUACGCCCAUAAAAGAUGGUAGCGACAACAGAGGCAUGGAUGGUGAGGUACAAGAAAAAUCAGGAGUGGAAGGUGAUGUUGAGGAGGACCAAGGAAAGGUAGUAGAAGUAGGGAGUAGCAGUAGCAAGGACAGUAUAGGCAGUUUGGAGAGCGACAAUGGACAGCAGCAACCAAGGAGGUGCACCCAUUGCCUUGCACAAAGGACCCCACAAUGGAGGGCAGGACCCAUGGGUCCAAAAACACUCUGCAAUGCAUGUGGAGUAAGAUACAAGUCAGGCAGGUUACUGCCGGAGUACAGGCCAGCAAAGAGUCCUACUUUUGUGAGCUAUUUGCACUCCAACUCUCAUAAGAAGGUAAUGGAGAUGAGAAUGGCUAACUCUGCUAUCUUCAAUACCUAGUCAGCAACAGUAAUUAACUUCCAAAUCCCCCUUGCCACUGUAUACUAAAAACUUGUAGUCCCAUAGGAGCUGGAUCAAGUUCUUAGCUAGUAAUGCAGUGAAUUCCGAAUUAUUUGUUGAGAAUUAGUUUCUACACAGAAAGGAGUACUUGAUGUGAUAUGGGAUUCCCUUGGUAUUUGGCAC